AUGCGACCUACUGCACGGCUUAAACCAAUAGACAAGGCGCUCUAUUUUAUCAAGUUGGACAAAGACCAAGAUGGUUAUACAGUGAAAGAUUUCGGCUUCAAAGGACGAGGUAUAAAGACCAUAGUAGACAGGAAAAAUGGAGAUUUCCUUCUCCACUACACAGGUGAACUUAUAACAGGUGAAGAAGGUGAUAGAAGGGAAGCAAAAAACUCAACAGGCUUCCGUUUCUUUUUCAUAUCCAAAGGCAAGCAGUUAUGCGUAGAUGCUUCUGAAGAAAGUGGAAGACUUGGAAGACUGGUAAACCAUGGUCAUAAAAAAGAACUGAAUGCUGUGAUGAAGGAAGUUAGUGGGCAGUUGAUCCUGUUUGCACAAAGGUAUUUCUGA